GUGGCUUCAUCUGACACCGUGCUGAAGUGGGAGGGUCCAGGAGAAAUGGUUCUGAUUUUGCUCAAAGAAGUCUCCCCUUACUUGUCAUUGACUCUUCCUGUAAGGACAGAAACACAUGAACAGAGGAAGCAAAUGAUCAACGGCAGCUCCAUCACUGAGUUCCUUCUCCUGGCAUUCACAGACACAUGGGAGCUGCAGCUCUUGCACUUCUGGCUCUUCCUGGGCAUCUACCUGGCUGCCCUCCUGGCCCCCAUGUACUUCUUCCUCCUCAACCUCUCCCUCCUCGAUCUGGGCUCCAUCUCCACAACUCUCCCCAAAGCCAUGGCCAACUCCAUUUCAGACACCAGAACCAUUUCCUACACAGGAUGUGUUAUACAGGUCUUUUCUUUUCUCUUCUUGAUUGUAGGGGAGUAUUGCCUUCUCACUGUCAUGGCCUAUGACCGCUACCUUGCCAUCUGCAAACCCCUGCACUAUGGGACCCUGCUGGGCAGCAGAGCUUGUGUCCACAUGGCAGCAGCCGCCUGGGGCACUGGGGUUCUCAAUGCUGUGCUGCACACUGCCAACACAUUUUCACUACUACUCUGCAAAGGCAAUGCUUUGUCCCAGUUCUUCUGUGAAAUCCCUCAGAUCUUCAAGCUCUCCUGCUCAGAAUCCUAUCUCAGGAAAGUUGGGCUUCUUGUGUUUGCUUUUUCUGUAUCUUUAGGGUGCUUUGUUUUCAUUGUGGUGUCCUAUGUGCAGAUCUUCAGGGUUGUGCUGAGGAUCCCCUCUGGAAAAGAGCACAAAGCCUUUUCCAUGUGCCUCCCUCAUCUGUCCGUGGUCUCCCUGUUUAUCAGCACUGCCACAUUUGCCUACCUGAAGCCGUCCUCAUCCAUGGAGGAGUCCCCAUCUUUGGACCUGGCAGUGGCAUUCCUCUCCUCAGUGGUACCUCCAGUCCUGAACCCCCUCAUCUACAGCAUGAGGAACCAGGAGCUCAAAGAUGCAUUGAAGAAGCUGAUUCAGUCACUUGUCUUUCAAAAGUGA